AAACACAAUGUAAAAACAGACAAAACGCACUUAAUGGCAGCCACAAUAUGAUACCCUGGAUGCGCGAGAAAUUCAACGAGAAGCGCGCCAAGUGGCUAGCACGCAGCAAGCAACGGGGCAGCGAAACCGAACCCAACUCCAGUGCCACCAGCCCACGCACAGCGAGCAGCGCCAGCGGCAGCGGCAGCUGCAGCGAUGAGGGCAGCAGACUUAGCCUGCGCAGCGGCGCCUCCAGCAGUUCGGUGCCAGUGCAGACAACGGAAACGGAAACGCAAACGGAUCUCAUUGGCGGCAGCGGCGGCUGCGUUUUGCGCACACCCUCGCCGGCGCGCAGGCGACGGAUCCAAUUGGAGCUGCAGUUGCAGCAGGAAAAAGCAAGGAAAGCGGAGCAAGCGAAUGCUUUGUUUCUCAGAAAAAACCAUGCAAGGCUCACAACAACUUCAUCAACGGUUGUGCAGGAUGAGGAUACGGCCAAAACUGGCGAAACAAUUACCGUGCGCGUCAUUUGUCCCAGCUCUCGUGUGCUCAUCUUUCAGACGGACAUGAAUAAGCGCCUGAACGAUCUGAAAAGUGAGGUCAUUCUGGAACUGAGCGACGAUCCCGAUUCCAUACAGCUGUUUGCGCCCGAUGUGCGGCAUUUGAAUCCACGUUAUCGUCUCUAUCGUGCCGAGUACUUUGGCGGCGAACUCAACGAGGCCCAGACGCUUGCCCAGCUCCAUGUGCGAAACAAUGAGACGUUUAUAUUGUCGCCACGCCGCAAUACGCUCUCGCACACCGUGACGCGCACCCGCGAGGUGCCUGGCCCCAACGAUGCCCUGCUAGAGAGCGCCACACGGUUUGUGCACAACAAUACCAACACGUUGCCCAUCAUAGACAUCAAUGAGAUCUUUCAGCAGUCAAAUAUACAAUACGAUGUGCGCAAGGUGCUCAUUUCGCUGGCUCAGGCCUCGGCAGCAAUUAUUGGCGCCGGCCCGUAUGCGCCACGUUUGAUUAGCAUGCUGAAGCAGCGUUUGGUCAAUCGGCGUAACCAUCAGGCGGACACGCUGCAGUGCCUCGUUGACAUGGGCUUCACACGCGAGGUGUCCGCCCAGGCUCUGCGUUCCAACAAUGGCAUCUACUCAACUACAUUGGAGUGGCUCAUACAGAAUCAACGAGACGAUGAUGCACAGCAGCCAGCGCAGCCGGCGAUGAAUAUGCAGCAAAGCGCCUCCUCAAUUUCACCCUCAACCAUUGUCACCGAUAAUGAAACCAUCGAGAAUACCGCUGCUCUGUUGCAAAUUGUGCGGAUAUACAGUCAUCGCGAUGCGCCGCCAACUGAUGAGAUUGUCGAAUCGCUUACCGAAAUGGGCUUUGAAGAGGCCGCUGUCCUAUCGGCGCUUAGGAAGACGGGCAACAACAAGGCCUCCGCCUGUGACUGGCUCUGCGAGAAUCGUUCGGCUAGCGUGAUUGAGCUACGGGAGGGUCUGGCACCAGAUUCACCAAUUCUUAAAGUAAUACUCGAAAUGCCGCAAGUGCAAUUGACGCUCAGCAAUCCAAAAACCUUUUUGGCCUUUUUGGCCAUACUGGAGAACGAGAAUGCGAUACGUGUGUGGCGCGGCGAUAAUGAUACCACCUCAGUUAUCACACAUAUCCUGCAAAAGUAUCACGAGGAGAAGCAUGUGAUGGGCAUCAAUCAGUUCUACAUUAAUCGCUGGUGAAGGCGAACCCUUUAAAGUGGCCUAAAUAUUGAGAUUAACCAAAUUCUAUUUAUACAUGCAUAUAUACAUUCACAAGCCUAUACAUAUACAUUUACAUAUGGACACAUAUAUAUAUAGAGAUAUAUAUGUAUAUUUAGAUAUAUACACCUACAAACAUACAUACAUGCAUAGGCACUUGACGUGCAUCAGUUAUCAGUUAAGCGCAUUUGAGCCUCAUAAACAUAUUGUAUGUAUAAAAAACAAAAUGACAAAAAAAUUAUAAUAAGUAAAUUGAACUAAAUUGCACCAAGCCAAAUAUGCAAAACGCUUCGCUUACAGAGCACAUUGGCUGCAAUCGACAAACGCUUACCGAUCAGUACGAAAUUCAUUAAAUAUAGUCUAUACUAACUACUAUAGUUCUAUCAACUUAGUUCUAGUCAUGUUUCGUAAGCUUUUCAAACAUUUAUCAAACCUAUCUAAAAAGUCGCACAAAAUCUGAAACAAAAACUAUUUUCACCCAACUGAAACACGUAGAUGAUGCGGAUUUUUGUGCGUUGUAUUUACAAGAGUUGUUGGAAAUAAACAAAACAAAACAAAAAUAAUAAUAAAAAUAAACAAGAGUGAAAAA